AUCCGGAAUGUAAUUUCCAAGCAGAACUGAUUAGUAAAACCACAAUGUAAGCUAUUUGAACACCGAAAAAAAUUUUCCAGCUAGCUACAAUUGUAGCUCUCGAUAAGCUAAAUUCUCAGCAAGAUUCUGUUUAAUGUUAACAUUCCCAGCCAGCUCAACUUUAGUCUGCAGAGCGGAUAUUUUGCGGAGCGGAUCCGACGGGUACUCCUGUUUAUUUGCCACAAAGAACAUAAGAACGGGUACUAGAUGACUGACUUUGUACACAGUGAAAUCAAAACAAUGCAUAUACCGUAUGAUUUGCUCGGGGAUACUCAUUUUAGCAGGUAGCGUUUUUAUUCACAAAAUAGUGGGUUCGACGGGCGAAAAUCUGUGCCGCUGCUGUCAUAGAUUUGCCCAAAUUGGUCCAAGUUAGCUCGACUUUUCAGACUAGAGUAUAGAAGGCGAACAGGGUCUUUGACGGGUCUUCAAUUCACCUCUGCUAAUUCGCUUCCCUGUAGGCUCUUUAUCAGUUCAACGCAAAAUACUGUGAAAGUUUGGUUUGAGGCAAAGAAAAUCUCGUGAAAAGCAAAAGCGUACUCGUAAAACAGGGAUAUAACACAUCAAAAUGUCCGCUAUGUAUUUUUGACCAUCACGUAGUAACUCCCUCGGCAUCACGUAAACAGACUCACGUUCUCUUGCCGGAACUUAUUACGCAAGGAAUGCACCACGCAAAUAAUAAAAUACCGUUAAUAAACAGUGCAAUAUUUAUUUAACGGUGUUGAAAAAGUAAUAUUUAAUAAAUAAAUACCAAAGAGGCCAAAUAGCUAAAAAUAACAGUUCAAACGAAACAGGAAUUUAGGGUAUGAUGGUGAAGAUUCAUCACGGCAACUCAGAUGAUUUCACGCAACUACGCCCCCGCGCGUGGCUCACAAUUCAAAGAGACGAGAGUUAUAUUAAUUAGCUGGAGAGAAGACGCACACGACUUACUGCUGAAUUUUUAGUUUUUAGUUUGAAUUUACCAUUGCCUCAAGGUGUAAAUUUUACGUUCAGUAAUUAGUCUGCUCGCUGGCUGUCCGCUCGGGAUUUGAGCACUCGGGGGUUUCUGCAGACUGAUUGCCCUCCUGCGCCCCGCAGGCGAAAACAAUUGGCAGUUGUUUCUCAAAACAAAACCCAGUAAGACGGAAAAGAAUCUCUCGUCUCUACGUAAUCGCGGUCUGUACUAAUUACGUAAGCGUUCUGCUUCACACGCAUGGUAAUCACUCUUAAGAAAAUCAUCAAUAUAGGUGAAGUUGAGCAAUACUGAUGUAAACCUAUCAGUAAACACACGUUUUUAGGUUUUUAGGGACGCUUCAAGUGGCUGGAAACGGAAAACUGAUUUGCACGUAAAACUUGUUUAUAAAUUGCCGUGUUGUGCUGUUAAUUUCCACGUCAUCUUUUAUUAUUUACAAGGCUUGGGUGUCUAGAAAAUAGCAUACCACCUUAACAAGAAAAUACAGCUUGAAAAGUCGGUUCUUCGGAUUUUCGAUCACUUUCGUCUGCCACCAAAGCCAAGUGCACUUGGCUGUACAUGUACUUAGCGCACUUGGCUGUACUUAGCUGUAAAUAAACACCUGGUCCGACAUCAGUUUUAUUUGAGGGCUGAUAAUGAAUAAAAAAUGUUUAGAAAAACGUUUACGAAACUGAGAUAUUUUCAAAUCAUUUUCAUGUUCAAUUUUCAAUACCACAUGAAAGUGCAUAAAUUAAAGCAUCAAAUAAUGAUAUCAAUAAGGUGUCAAAUGUAUGCAUUUAACAGACUUCUGUCGCUUAGCAACUGUCAAAUACCGUGCCGGACAAUUGAUGUAAAUUACCACUGUCUUGGUCCAGCAGUAGACCAAGUUGUGUUGGUUACGAUGGAGGUAAAAUCAAGACUUCUGGAAAUCACAUUCUGUGCUCCUCGAGGCUUGUGUUAAUAGACGAAAGUAUUCUUCGACAGGAUGAUGGCUACGGCGGAGUGUACAAACAAGCAGAAAAUACUGCCAUCCCGGUUGCUAAACUGCAUUUACUUAAUAUCUUGCCUGUAAUUUGCACGAGCCUACAGUCCUUGCACACGAAGUUCUAAUUUAGAUUUGCGUUGGAUAAAUUUGUUUUAUAAACUGUAGAUUUCAACAGUGAUAAGUACGUAUAGUAUUUUACGACUCGUACUCAACCGCUUUAUUUAGUUUUUGCGGCCGACUUUUUUCGAAAACAAACGGAUCGAUAUAAACUCUGCUAACACAGUUCAGACCAGCACACAACAAAAUUCGAUUUCCACGCUAUGGCUGUCGAUAACUGCUCCGAGGGGACUUUGCUGUUACCAUUUCUGGACGAAUCUGGUUGGAAUCAAGGAUUACGAACGUUUAUCUACUUGAUAGCGCUUUUAUGGUGUUUCAUGGGCAUUGCCAUCAUCGCCGACGUUUUUAUGUGCGCUAUCGAAACGAUAACGAGUAAAACGAAAGAGGUAAAGGUGGCAAAACAAGAUGAUCCUACAGAAGUGGAAGUUGUAGAAAUUCGAGUUUGGAAUGACACUGUCGCUAACUUGACAUUAAUGGCCCUGGGUUCGUCAGCGCCGGAAAUUUUACUAGCGAUCAUUGAGAUCGUUUUACUAAAUAAGUUCGAAGCUGGUGCUCUCGGACCCAGCACGAUAGUUGGGUCUGCGGCUUUCAAUCUUCUUGUAAUCACUGGAGUUUGUGUUAUGAGUAUUCCUAUGCAUGAACAGCGCCGAAUCAAGGCGAUCAAAGUGUUCGCGGUUACCGCUUCGUUCUCAAUGUUGGCCUACAUAUGGCUUUACAUCGCCUUGAGCGUGAGUUCUAAGAACGUGAUCGAAUUGUGGGAGGCAAUUUUAACUUUUCUACUGUUCCCUAUUUUGGUUGUAAUCGCUUACAUGGCCGACAAGGAAUAUUGCUGCCCUGGAAAAGUCUCUCCUCAAGACACUGGAGUACUCGAACUCGCCGAGGGUUCCAAAGCUCUGUCUACACCCAAAUGUACCCAUGACCCAGAAGUCACGAGUUUUAUAAAGGAAGUUAGCAGAAAUCCAGAACUCUCAGAAGAUGAUGCUGCCAAACUUGUUGCAGCCCAUAUUAAAUCCAAACAGCCAAAGAACUAUGGUUAUUACCGAGUGGGUGCUAUAAGAGAUAUUGGAGGUAGUCACAAGCUUAGACCAAAGAUGGAUUCUAAACUUAGAGUGAUCUAUGAAGAGUUAUCUGAAGUUGGUUUCUCAUCUUCUGGCGCUUCUGUCAUUAUGAGUCACGCUUUAGCUGGAAAGGUUCCGCCAGCUCGCGUUGAAUUUGCUGCUCCGAAGUGUGCUGUUUAUGAAAACGAGAAACUUGUCCGCAUUGGAGUCAAGAGGACUGGGAACACGAAAAUCACAGCGAGUGUGAAUUAUGAAACCAUCAAUGGCACAGCCAUGUCUGGUUCGGACUACGAGGCCAAAAAAGAUGUUCUCGUCUUUAAAGCUGGAGAAACCCUGAAACAUAUCGACAUCACAAUUAUCGAUGACAACGAAUGGGAAGAAAAUGAAGUGUUCUUCCUAAAGCUGUCUAGGUUUGACUGCAAUGAUGAUACGGUGGAAAUAGGAGAACAAAGCAUUACUGAAGUUACUAUUAUUAAUGAUGAUGAACCCGGAACCUUCUCACUGGAGAGGCCAAGCUACGUCAUAACGGAAAACAUCGGAAAAGCUCCCAUCAAAGUCGAGAGGACCCAAGGUACCGAUGGGAAGGUUGUGGUCACGUGGGAAACCAUGGACCAGACUGCGGUAAACGGCAAGGAUUAUCACGGGGGGUCUGGAACGCUGGUCUUUGAACACGGCGAGCAAGUAAAAUACAUUACAAUAGACAUUAUCGACGAUAAAGAUUUUGAAAAAGACGAAACAUUUCUGGUGAAACUUGUGGAAACGUCGGAGGGAGCAAGAAUUGGAAGUAUAAGGAGCGCGGCAGUCACUAUUGUACAUGAUGACGAGUAUCGCCAGUUAUUUAAUCGGGUUGUAUCGCUGGCAACUUUUAACCUUCGCCGCCUGGACUUUGGAUCCGAGACAUGGGGUGCGCAGUUCAGAGAAGCCAUGUCAGUUAAUGGCGGAGAUGUGGAGAAUGCCACAACACUCGAUUACGUCAUGCACUUCUUUACAUUUGCUUGGAAGGUGAUCUUUGCAUUCGUUCCCCCUUGUACUUGGCUUGGCGGCUGGCUGACUUUUGUUGUGGCGCUGAUGAUGAUUGGCCUGGUCACUACCAUAGUGGGAGACUUGGCCACCAUAUUUGGCUGCCUGAUUGGACUCGAACCCGAGGCGACCGCCAUUUUGUUUGUGGCACUGGGAACCAGUCUUCCAGACUUAUUUGCCAGUAAAACAGCAGCUGUGAACGAGAAGUACGCGGAUGCGUCUGUUGGAAACGUAACUGGCAGCAACUCGGUCAAUGUUUUCCUUGGCCUGGGGACGCCGUGGGUGAUUGCUACCAUUUAUCACGAAGUUCAGGGUACUACAUUCAAAGUCAACGCAGGAACAUUAUCCAUAAGUGUUGUCACGUAUAGCGUGUGUGCGAUUCUAUGUUUCAUUCUCCUGUUGGUUAGAAGGUACACGAAAUUAUUUGGCCGAGCGGAACUUGGAGGACCAAGCGUGACCAAAUAUGUGUCAGGGUGUUUCUUGAUAUUUUUGUGGUUCGUUUACGUGUUAAUUUCGUGCUUGGUAAUUUAUGACAUACUUAAAUUUUAAAGCGGUAUAUUAUAUGAACAAAUAACUUCACAAGAUUUUAUCCACUGUACAUCCACGAGGACUGCAUACAUUCGUCUAUAUUUAUUUCACGAGUUUCUUGACAUGUAUAUAACGGACGUUUUAGAUUCUGUCAAUGUAGCCAGAUUAUUUUCGCAUGGUCGUUGUGUUCGGUCUAAUCCAACUAGAGUAUACAUGUAUAUUCUAGUUAUUCAACGUUUUCUAGUGCUAUACCGUGGAUUAUAAUCCAUCAAAUAUUUUCACUGGCGCGCGAUUGGUCUAAACACGUCACGUGAACGAAUA